AUGGCGAAAGACAUUGAAAUCGGCAAAAUUUACUCGCUUGGUAUAACCGUACCUUUACCUCAGCUUUCUCUUAACUUGGAUUUCCGUUGGUAUUUUUACUCGGAAAAUGUAACGACUUUUGUAAAAAAAAUCCUGAGGACAGUAGCCACAGAAUACCACAUUUACUCACAAUGCUCUUUGCUGGCAUUAGGAAGAGUAACUGUUCUUAACACUUUAAUCCUAUCCCAAGUUUGGCAUUUCUUGCAGUCAAUGCCUAUGCUUGAAUACUUCUUUGACACUCUUCGGAAUCGUAUGGGUCAGUCUCUCUGCAAGAACAUGUUUCCGAUAGCUAAGCUGGUUUCCCUGUGCACUUCAAUUUUGGCUGUCGAAUUGGGUGUUAUAAAGCUUCAAAUGGGACAGAAGACACGUCAGAUCGGAUGGCUUGAUUAUAUCCUAGAACCAAAUAUAGCAGAGUAUUUCGUCCCACCCUGGAUAAAUUACACCCUGAUACCUCAGCACGACAGCAGUGACCCGCACCUCCCACUAUUAUUCCCUUGUUUGGAUAAUUCUUACUGUUUUCCGCGCACUAUUUUCCGUCAUGGAUACUGUUCAUCGAGGCUUUUUAUUCAGCACCCCCACAUGGCUCACAUGGCGCACAUGGCGCACAUGGCUCACACUAUUCAUAUUGGGUGUGAUCAUAUUUUCUGA